AUCCGCAGAACCCGAGAAAUUGGGCAUUUGGCAAGAAAUGGGCCAUCACUACUAUGGUCUCCGCCUACGUCUUUAUAAGCCCUGUCUCGUCUUCGAUGAUGGCCCCGACCAGUCAUCGCAUCGCCGCCCAAUUUGGCGUUACCAACGAAACCGUCGUUGCUUUGCUAACAUCGAUGUUUCUUGGUGGCUAUGCGAACUUCUGGUAUCUCGUGUGGAAUUUUGCUUGCGCAUGGGCGCGGAACGAGCGGGAGCUGCUCGCGUUCCGCUUCCUGUCUGGGUCCGGGGGGAACGGACUACUGGCGAUUGCCGGCGGGGUCCUCGGAGACGUGUGGAGACCCGAACAGCGAGGUCAAGCCGUCGCUGUUUAUACUCUGGCGCCUUUGUUGGGUCCAGUCGUUGGCCCUAUAUGCGUUGCCUGGAUCGCAACAAAAGGAGAUUGGAGAUGGGUUGUAACGUACCCCCCAGUCUUGCUUGCGAGAAAAGCAAAGCGUUUCAGGAAGGAGCUUGCCGACUCAGAGAAAGGUGACCGUCAUCCAAGAGUCCGUACUGUCUUUGACGGCGCGGAUAGAAAGUGGAAGAGCAUCGUCCAGAAGGCACUCAUUCGUCCAUUUAUGCUCUUCUUCCGAGAGCCUAUCAUUCAGCUUUUGCGCUCCUACAUGGCGUUUAUCUACGGGACUUUAUACCUCUUUCUCACUACGAUACCAUUGAUCUUCCAGGGAAUCUACCAAGAGUCGCUUGGCAUCGCAGGCCUCAACUAUAUCACCCUUGGCAUCGGGCUCUCCAGAGUAUCUCAAAUCAGUGCACGAUUACUAGACGUCGUUUAUAUGCGCUUGGCGAAGAAAAAUGGGGGUGUAGGAAAGCCCGAAUAUCGUUUGCUAUUCAAGUUUCCCGGGAUGAUUCUCCUCCCAACAGGACUGCUAAUAACUGGCUGGACGGCUCGCGCAUCCGUGCAUUGGAUAGUCCCAGAUAUCGGUAUCGUCCUCGUCGGCGCUGGGAUGAUCCUCAACUUCCAGUCCAUUCAAAUAUACAUUAUCGACGCCUUCACGCUUCACGCCGCAUCAGCUAUCGCCGCCGUGACGUUCUUCCGAUCUGUGGCGGCGUGCGUAUUCCCGCUGUUCGCUCCUGCGAUGUACAACGCUCUGGGUUAUGGAAAGGGAAACACCAUCCUGGCGAGCGCUGCUAUCGCAAUUGGUGCUCCGUCACCUAUUCUUUUCUGGCUCUACGGGGAACGGAUACGGAAAGCAAGUCGCUACGCAAAGCAUGCUUAG